AUGACCUCCUCCGACGCGAAGAAGGAGCGCCCAGAGACGUCCAAGAUUGAGGAUAUCGCCGAUAACCUCGCCGCGGGCGAGAUCUCGGAGCUCGUGGUCGUCGCGGAAGGCGAAGAGCGCACGACGUGGUUCGUCUGGCUCCUGGUCUUCUGCAGCAGCAUCUCCGGUCUUCUCUUCGGUUAUGAUACGGGCGUCAUCUCUGGCGCGCUGGUCACGAUUGGGAAUGACCUAAAUGCGAACGGCCUCGACAAUGGGCAGAAGGAACUGAUUACAUCGGCCACUACCUUGGGCGCUCUCCUCGGCAGUAUCGGUGCAGGAACUCUGUCUGACUACAUCGGUCGUCGACCCGUACUUGCCAUCGCAGAUGUCCUCUUCAUCGGCGGCGCAAUCGGCCAGGCUGUCUCGAAGACUGUAUGGGACAUGAUCGGCACGCGUUUCCUCAUUGGAUGGGGUGUCGGUGUUGCUGCUUGCGUCGCGCCGCUGUACAUUCAGGAACUCUCGCCUACCCGCUUGCGUGGUCGUAUGGUGGUCAUCAACGUUGUGGCCAUCACAUUAGGACAGGUCAUUGCAUACGGUAUCGACGCAGGCUUUACCAAUGUCGGCGGAGGAUGGCGCUGGAUGGUCGGUCUCGGGACUGUACCGGCCGGUCUCCAGCUCAUCUUCCUGUUCAUGCUUCCCGAAUCGCCACGCCUCAUGAUCAAAUGGGGACAGCUCGACCGCGCACACAACAUCGUCGGCAAGAUCUACGCGCAUGCUACCGAGGAGCAAGUUGCGCUUAAGGUGCAGGUGCUACAAGCUGCUGUACGUCAGAGCAUCGAGAUUGCGCGAACGACCACUAUCUGGCAACGGUUGCGGAUGCUCUUCUUCAAACCGGUCAACCGUCGGGCUCUCAUCGUCGCAUGCGGCAUGCAGGCCUUCCAACAACUUUGCGGGUUCAACACUCUCAUGUACUACUCCGCAACCCUCUUUAAGCAGAUUGGUUUUGAUCAACCUACCGCCGUCGGACUGAUCGUAUCAGGGACCAACUUCAUCUUCACGCUCGUGGCGCUGAAGUACAUCGACAUUAUCGGCCGGCGCACCAUCAUGCUUAUCUCCGCGCCGGGUAUGAUCUUUGGCUUGACUCUUGCUAGCAUUGCUUUCCAUUACCUUACUAAGAAGACAGGCGGAGUGCUCGUAGACGGCACUGAAUACCCCCAUAAUUGGUCUGGCCUUGUACUCUUCUCCAUGAUCGCUUUCGUCGCUUCCUACGCUUUGGGCCUGGGUAACGUCCCAUGGCAGCAGGGCGAGUUCUUCGCUCUUGAAGUCCGCGGUAUCGGCACAUCGCUCGCCACCAUGACGAACUGGGCCGCCAACCUCCUCAUCAACUCAACCUACCUCUCCCUCAUGGCGAAGAUCACACCAGCGGGCGCCUUCGGCUUCUAUGCAGGCCUGUGCCUCCUCGGCCUUCUCUUCGUGAUAUUCUGCUUCCCUGAAACGGCCGGAUUGUCGUUGGAAGAGGUGAUGAUGGUGUUCCGCACCGGCUUCGGCGUUCGGGAGAGCCAGAGGUUGCGCAAGCAGCGGAUGGGCGCGAAGACGCGUCGUGAUGGUGCGGCACCGGAGGCUGCUGCUGGCGACGAGAAGGCGCCGGAUGAGAGCAGCGAUGAGGUUCAUGUGUAA